UCCUCUUUGGUCCGAGAAUCCUGUUUGGCCCGUUUGAAUGGAACCCCCGUCAUAUGAGGAGGCCAGUCGCCAACCUUCUGCUCAGCCCACCGCAGCAUCUGACCUUUUCCCUCCUCCGCCCACCUAUGACGCCUCUCUCUCGUGUCCACCAACACCUCCUCCUGCCUACAGAGAAGCAGUUCGGCCAGAUCCUUUUCCUGUCCUCGCCUUACUUUCUGUGCCAACUGCUGUGACCUCACAUCCCCAACGAAGCACUGGAGUCACAGUCCAUCCCGUUACCCAAAUUACAGUUCAGCCACAGGCUUCUCCUGCCCGGGCUCCAGCUCCUGCAUCAACUGCUGUGUCCUCAGGUUCCCGACAAGGCACUGGAGUCACAGUCCAUCCAGUUACUCAAAUUGGUGCAACACCACGGGUCAGCAGCAGACAAACUCAGCCAACAGCAGUAGUGUGCCAGCCGCAGCCUGUCCCCAUUGCAGUGCAAUAUCUGAAAGACGCCCCUGGUUUGGUACGCUGCCCACACUGCAGCCAUCUUGUCACCAGUAAAGUCACAUAUGUGCCUGGGACCGCUGCUUGGUGCUGGUGUGUCAUUCUCGCAUUGUCAGGGCUCAUCUGUGGUUUCUGUCUCAUUCCACUGAUGGUGCGUGGAAUGCAAGAUGCACAUCACUCCUGCCCACAGUGUGGAAACAACCUGCACAUUCACAAAAGAUGACCGUGCGACGACUUGUUAAUCCAACACAUCUAUGUCAAAGUGUGGCACACAUGUAUUUAAUACAAAUGUGGACUGAGGAGAGGCUGAGAGUCAUGCGGAGAUUUUUGUACAUUUUCUCCCAGCCUGUUACCAUUGGACCCUUUUUAACCAAGAGGAAUUCAAGCUCGCCACAGAAAUGCACCUUUUAAAGCUGCAGAGGAUGCAGUUCCAAAAAACAUUAACAAUAUUAUUUUUUUAAUCAUAUCACCAGACAAGACAGCUGGUAGUUUGAUGUAUGUAAGAAAAUAAGACAAAAAACACUUUCUGCACUUUCUAAUGUUGUAAAAAUGUCUUAUAGUGUGAGGUAAUUAAGCUUAAAUGAAGAGGAAGGAAACACUUAACAUGCCCCCACGGAUUCAGAAAGAGGUGCAAGUGCAGGACAGGCCUUCUUCAUGGCAGACACUCUGACUUCUCGCAAUACUCGUGCGGAAUUAAAAAUGGCGUAGUCCCACUAAAAUGAAGUUACAGUGAACCGACAUGCUCAGAAGAAGGACUCCUAAGUGGGAUGCAGCAUCAUUAUCACACCUUUGCUUUAGAGUCUAAACUCUAAAGUGACAAAGAUCUAUACAGCACUGCAGACAAGAAAGCUAAACAGAAUGUGUUUAUGAUCAUUUAUAAUUGGUGGAUGGUUGUCUGUCUCUCUGUGUUGGCCCUGCGACAGGCUGGCAACCUGUGCAGGGUGUACCCUGCCUCUCGCGCUAUGACAGCUGGAAUAGACUCCAGCUUUGUUGUUUAUCAUAUGUAAUGCAGAUAUGCCUGAAUUUAGUACAUUUUAAUGAUGAAGGUACCUUUUUCAGACUCCAGAAUCUAUUAACUUAUGUGGUUUUAAUUUAUUUCCCUGUACUAUUCUACUCUUAAAGUCAUGUAAUGAGCAGCUGUAAUCAGUCAGUGUAACUGAAGGCACUCGUUUGGCUUUGAUCCAAAUCCCUGUGACACCUGAUUCACACUUGCUCCUGAACUGACUGACAGCACUUGAAUGUUUUUGUUUGCUGUAUAAGGUUUGUUUACACCAGCAAUGUUUACUCCUCAAGAAGUACUCCUAAAAAAGCAUA